AGUUCUGCCCAUACCUUGGGAAGUCAGACUUGGCCAUGAUAGUCCAUGCUCUUGUCACAUCUUGAAUAGACUACUGCAACGUGCUCUGUGUGUGAUUGCCUUUGAAGAUUGUUCAGAAGCUUCAAAUAGUCCAAUGGGCAGCAGCCAGAUUACUUGCUGGAACGAUGUACAGCAGGGAGUGUACACCCCCUCCCCUUGUGUCAGCUCCAUUGACUACCAGUUUGCUACCAAGCACAAUUCAAAGUGCUGCCUUUGGUCUAUAAAGCCCUAACAAGGUUCCGAUCCAACAUACCUGUCCAAAUGUAUCUUUCCCUAUGAACCGGUGAGAGCAUGAAGAUCUGCCGGGGAGGCCCUGCUCUCGAGCCUGCCUCCUUCGCAGGUGCGGUUGGUGGGGACGAGACAGGGCCUUUUCAGUGGUGGCCGUUCAGCUGUGGAACUCCCUUCUCAGGGAAAUUUGAUCAGCUCCCUCUCUCCUGACCUUCAGAAAGAAACUGAAAACAAGGCUAUGCGUUCAAGCCUUUGGAGAACGGGCAGUGCAAUUGGUGGCAAUGAAGUAAGCAUAAUACAAUUGGAAUGGCCCCUGUACUGUGACCUUGGAUUUGUGUGGUUUUAAUAGCUGAUUUUAAUGUAUUAAUAUAAUGUUGUAAUGUUAUGAUUUUGAUUUUUCGAUUUUUCAAUGUUUUAUAUUUAUGUAUAUUAUAUCUGUUGUUUGUAUGGCAUUGAAUAUUGCCCUCUUCUAAGCUGUUCUGAUUCCUCUUUGGGGUGAGAAGAAUGGGAUAAAAAUCUAGUAAAUGAAUGAAUAAUAAAUGGCCUUAGGGUUGCUGUAACUCAGAGAUAUCAACUGAAAAUACCACUUCUGAGUAUUCUUUGCCUAAGAAAACCCUAUGAUAUUCAUGGGAUUGCCAUAAGUUGACUUGAAGGCAAAUUGACACAUGCAGAUUUCCCACUCAAAUUAUAACCAGGAUGGAGAGUCUUUUCCAGGUUUUGCUGGAAUUUCUAUCAUAAACCUAUGGUGUUUCAAUAAAAGGUAUUUUGUGUGAUGCCUUUAAAAGUAUUUAGCAUAUGUCAUUGCUGGAGAUGAAAAAACAAAAGAAACUCUUGUCUUGUGUACUGUUGUCUCAAACACUUCAUUUUACAAUAUUUAGAAGAUGUACUACUUAAAAGAUUGAGAAGAGGUGAAGAGAGAUAGUUUAAAUGAAAUGUUUCUAUGUGGGCUAAAAAAAUCUUCUGGUUUUUGUUCUCUGAAUAUAAAAUCAUAUUCACCUUUCUAACAGCAAUAAACCAGUAGAUUUUGUAGUUCUACAAUAAUCUUCCUUUUCUGAAGAAUCAGAACAAACUCGGGAUAACUCAUCAGACAUUAAAAAUAUUCAGGGGAGAAGUUCUUCUAAGCAGCCCUUUGUUUCCUGCUUUAAUAUUUCAUGAACAUGUGAUAUUGUUUUAAAGCUUGCCGUGAUGGUCUUGUGAAGUUUAAUAUUUAAAGCAGAUGGCUGCUUUAAUAAGAUGGUUGCUAUGGAAACUGCACUGUGAAAGCAGUGGUUUGUGUAAUGUGUGGUCUCCUUGCUAAACAGCUGAAACAUUCUUGAAGCAAACACUUGGAAGAGUGUUAUAAGAUGGAAUAUGAAAAUGUAAUCAGCUCAUCUGGCUGGAAUCUUGAUUUUAAGUGAGAUCCAUUGGAACUGGAAAGUUGAUGCUUUGUUGGCUUUCUAAAGAUUUCCUUGAAGCUUCAUGGAGAGUGGGUGGAGAUACAGUAAGAGGGCAACCUUGUGGAUGGCCCCAGAGUAGGCCAGAUGGAACAGGACAUAACCAACCAUGUUGAAGGCAAUAGUUUGAGCCCAUUUCUAAUUCCACAUCCUUCUCAUGUUUGCCAGACAGAGCCUUUGUCAGUGAAGCUGCAGAAUGGAAGCCCAUCAGCCGAGAAGGCCCACGUUGAAGUAAAUGGCAAUGAUUCAUGGCUGCAUUUCAAGGAUAGCUAUGGAAUGAAGUAUGCUGUGAAAGGAAAAGCAAAUAAUCGAGUAAGCCCUGAUCUCAUGCAGGAAAGGAGAAGUUGUCAUAAAUAUAUGCAAAAUGGUGGGAUAAAACGCACUUUCAGUGAUCCAUCCCUGUAUGGGCUUUACCAGAACAAGAAACUUAAACAAGAUGAAGAAGCAAAAGGAGGGAAAGAGGCCUUCUUAGAUGAUGGUGAUCAACCAGAUCAACCAGAUAUUUCUAAUGCAUGUAAUAAUAAGGACUUGGCAGGUUUUAGGGUGGAACAAAGUGCAGCUUCAGUUCUUAUACAGUCUUCAAGAUACAACUGUGGUGCUUUAAAAUCUCCUCAUGCUCCUCAAAUUCAGAAUGAACUGGAGAAUAAAGACAUUAAUUGCCACAAGAGAGACAUUGUCUUGCUACACAAGAACAAGGCAGUGCCAAUACCUAAUGGUGCUAUCGUUACUGCCUCUUCUAUGGAAAACAUGCAUGGCGAACUCCUUGAGAAAACACUUUCUCAGUAUAAUCCAGACCAUGUUUCCAUUGCAAUGCAAAAAUCCACAUCUCUUACAAAUGCCAUAAGUACUCAGGCUACUAAUGAGUUGGCUUGUGGCACACCACAUUCAUCCGAUACCUCAGGGCAGAUCAGCUCCCCACAAACCUCAAAUUCUGAGCUGCCUCAGGUGCUAUCUUCUGUGGCUACUAAGAUCCACAGUACUGAAAACUCCAGUAAACCACCUAUAUUGCCAGCUUGCUACACUUUUCAGAAUCCAGAACUUCAGUUACAGAAGGAAAAGUCAGAAAAUGCACGCCAGUCACCUGCAGAGAACUUUGUCCCAGGAGAUACGGGGCAGGUUCCCAAUUUGGAUUACUCACGAACCAAUCAAAAUUUCUCACUAAAUCCUAAUAGCAACUCGGAAGCUCAAAACAAUAGCUUGAAAAUAUUGUCAGAGCCUUCUGGUGAAAAUGGUGCUUUAUUUCAACAAAAUUCCAUGUUCAAGAAGGAUUCUUUUAGUUCACCUUCAGUUGCAUCUUCCUCUCCAACUCCAGAAAUAAACAGUAUUCUGUCUACUGAGGGUUCAGAAGGCCAUAAUAACACUUCUGAGACUCAAAGUCAAAUGAACCAUUUUAAAGAAGAGAAAGAUGGAGAGCAACAGCUACAAGGGGAAAUUGCAACACAGAUUCCUGACUUUUGCCAGCAAACACUAAGUUUGCAACAGGGUCUUCAACAAGGUGCUCAGGCUUCAUCUGGCAAUGAAACUGAUCCAGUGCUCUCAGUGACAUCAGGAGUCAGAGAACAAUACCCCAAUGAAAUGACACCAGGAAUCAGCCAACAAUAUCCCAAUGAACUGCAGAUCAAACUGGAGCCUCACAUUCAAGACACACAAUUAUUAGGAAGCCAUAAGGAUCUGCAACAUUUUCAGCAUCUCUAUGGCCAAAUGAAUCAGGAAAAUCUUGCUGAUAAUGAAAAAGAUACAGUAAAAAAUCAGUUUCAACAGUUAAGGUCUCACCUGCAGUCUUCGUGGACAGGAAUGACUUCUCCUCACUUUCAUCCCAAUGAGUCUCCCCAAAAAUCAAAUGAGGUGCUUUUGAGGACAAUGCUUCAGUUCCAGUCAAAUUCAUCAGAGCAGACACAUCCAGAGCAGUAUUCUGAAAAUCCUGAUAGGUCGAAAGGCCAUACAGAACAAGCAUGCUACCAGAAUAUCACACAAUGUGAGCAAAUACCAGCACUAUACAAGAAUGAGGUGACCCAGUUGCCUCCUCACCUUACAGCCAACCAGCAAAUGCAUUUUCAAAAACAUUCACCCCCACAGCCUACAAAGAUGAAUACUAUGUUGAAAUCCCAUGAACAGCAGCAAAAUGCAAAGCACUUUCACUUUGAGGCACGAGCAGAACAUCACAAUGAAGAGUCUUUGGAAGCACAGUUAAAACCACAGCACUUAAAUCCUCCACCACAGGAGAAUGAGCAAUUUUUACGUUCACAUAUUUUGCAACAGAUGCUCCAGACUCAGCCAGUACAACUGCCACAGAAUCCACAAAUAACCAUGAGCUCCCAGCAGCAAGCAUUGCAAAUGAAAAACAGAGACCUUCCCCAGACAUUUUCCCAUUCACAUAGCAGUCAAGAGCAACAACUGGAAGGAACUUCAUUUAGUCAAUUUAAAUUAGAGGAAUUUGAAACAGCGAACAAUAACUUCAAAUCAAGUGAGUUCCCAAUGCAGAACCCCCAGACCAGACUGGACCAUGGAUCAGGUAUCAACAAUCAUGCUUUCAAAGUAAAUACUAUCGAAAAGCAUUCCUACCCAAACAACAUGCACUUAAUCCCUGAGAAAAGGGAAAAGCUUAUGAACACUGAGCUGUUUGCAGAAAACAUGACACAUGACUUACAGCAUAUGCAAUAUUAUUCAAAUAGUAUGACCCCAAAACAAGAUACAUCCCAGUGUUUUCAGGAUCAGAAGCCACAGUCUCCGCUAGGAUCAGCUCCACAACGGCCCUUCCAGCAAACACAGGAAUAUCCAAAUUUUACCUCCAACAUGUGUAGCCAGCAAGCUACCCAGAUUCAACCGAGUUACUUGCCAUAUAGUCAGCAAACAGUAUCUAAUGCAAUAGAUCAAAGGGAAUGCCAGAUUACAUCUCAACCCCAUAGAGAUUUUCAAAAACAUGCUGCUCUCCGGUGGCAUAUUUUAAACAAGCAAGAGCAGCAACUUAACCAAAACAAAUCUGACACAUGUCACAUUAUGGGUCACAACAAACCUAUCAAACCUGAAGCUGGUUCCAAGUUGAAUGCAUGCCUUCCUCAGUUGGCUGGGCAGUUGGAAAACAAGACAUGGAAGAAAACGAUCAAACAAGAAGUUCAGAACUUUAGUUGUGAGAACAUGCAACAAAGGAGUAUUAUUGAAACCAUGGAGCAGCAGCUGAGACAGAUUCAGGUCAAAACACCCUUUGAUCACAAGUCCCUUACUAUCAAAUCACCAAAACAUAUAAAAGUUGAAUCUGCAGGACCCAUCACUAUUCUGUCAAGAAAUUACAAUGCUGCAGAAUUUCAUGCUUCAUCCUUAGAUCAACAAGCUGUUCAUUCUAAUGAAAAAACGCCAACCAAAAGAACUGCUGGAACAGCCUUCAAUCAUUUUUUAGAGUCACCUUCCAAGUUAUUUGAUACUCCUGUCAAAAACUUGCUGGAUACACCUGUCAAAACCCAGUACGAUUUCCCCUCAUGCAGCUGUGUUGAACAGAUUAUUGAGAAAGAUGAAGGUCCUUUCUAUACUCAUCUGGGAGCUGGUCCCAAUGUGGCUGCUAUUAGACAAAUCAUGGAAGAACGAUAUGAACAGAAAGGCAAAGCCAUAAGGAUAGAAAGGAUUGUCUACACAGGCAAAGAAGGCAAAAGUGCCCAAGGAUGCCCAAUUGCCAAAUGGGUGAUUCGUAGAGGUAGCACUGAAGAAAAACUCCUGUGUUUGGUGCGGGAACGUGCGGGUCACAGCUGUGAAACAGCAGUGAUAGUUGUGCUCAUCUUGGUGUGGGAAGGAAUUCCUCAGAGCCUUGCAGACAAGCUGUAUUCCGAUCUAUCUGAGACUUUAAGGAAGUACGGCACACUUACAAACCGCCGGUGUGCUCUAAACGAAGAACGAACUUGUGCAUGCCAAGGCCUGGACACUGAGAGCUGUGGUGCAUCUUUUUCUUUUGGUUGUUCAUGGAGCAUGUACUACAAUGGAUGUAAAUUUGCUAGAAGCAAGAUCCCAAGAAAGUUUAAACUAUUAGGAGAUGAUCCAAAAGAGGAAGAAAAACUAGAAACCAGUCUUCAAACACUAUCAACACUAAUGGCUCCUACUUACAAAAAACUGGCACCUGAUGCUUACAACAACCAGAUUGAAUAUGAACACAGAGCACCUGAGUGUCGGCUGGGCUUAAAAGAGGGUCGCCCAUUCUCAGGGGUCACUGCCUGUCUGGAUUUUUGUGCUCAUGCUCACAGGGACUUGCAUAAUAUGCAGAAUGGCAGUACAUUGGUAUGCACACUAACUAGAGAAGACAAUCGUGAAAUUGGUCAAACACCAGAAGAUGAACAACUGCAUGUGCUCCCUUUGUACAAAAUCUCCAAUAUAGAUGAAUUUGGAAGCACAGAAGGACAAGAGGAAAAAAAGCGGAAUGGUAGCAUUCAGGUCCUCAGUUGUUUUCGGCGAAAAGUAAGGAUGCUGGCCGAACCGGUUAAGACUUGUCGGCAAAAAAAGCUGGAAGCCAGGAAAGCAGCAAGUGAAAAACUGGCUGCUAUGGAGAAUGGGUCCAGCAAACAUGACAAAGAAAAAGCAGCAACUGCACGUUCAAAACAGGCCAACACAGAGCAAUCAGGUCAUGCAAAACAGUUAGCAGAUCUAUUACGACUUUCAGGACCAGCCAUCUCCCAGCAGCAGUUGUAUCAGCAUCCAUACCAUGCCCUCCCUGCUAAAUCUCAGACAAACCACAUCAACGCGUACUCCGCUUCAGGUUCUACAAACCUUUACAUGGGUCUCCCUAACCCAGCCAAUCCAUAUUCAAACUCUUCACAUGCUCCAGAAUCUUACAGAGGGUCUAAUCCCAUGAAUAUCUACCCAACAUCUUCACAGCCUACAGGAGCUUAUUUAAAUUCUUCCAGCCUUGUGAAUCCCUACUCUGUACAUUUGGGUCAAAAUAGCCAAUAUCCCCAUUAUCAAUGUAAUGGAAAUCUGCCUAUGGACAAUUGUUCCUCCUACUACAGUUCCUAUUCUUCUCAGCCUCAGCAUAUGGACUUGUUUAGAUAUCAGAGCCAAGAUUCUCUAUCUAAACUAAGUCUACCUCCAAUUCAUACAUUAUAUCAACAUAGAUUUGGAAAUAGCCAGAAUUUUGGUCCCAGGUACUUGAAUUACGGAAACCAAAAUGUGCAGGUCGAUGCAUUCAACAGUUGCACCAUUCGGCCAAAUGUUCAGCAUGCAGGUUCUUUCCCUCCUUACUCCACACAUGAGGCUGAGGACCCUUUUAUGGACAUUGCCUCCAGACUGAAAUCUAGUCUAAAUAAUCCGGGCAUGGACUACAUAAAUAAAAACAGUGAUCAUCUAUAUCCCCCUCCGCACCUAACUCAUGACUACCAAUCUACUGCAGGUAUGUUCAGCGGUCCUCCUCAUUCACUCCAUCUCCAAAAUAAGGAUAGUCAAACAACUAAUGGGUUGUCAAACAUGCUUCCAGAUCUUAAUCCUAAUAGAACUGCUUCCCAAGAGGGUGUAAAUAAAACUGAGGUUCUCAACCAGCCAGAGGAUCCUGACGAUGUUUGGUCAGACAAUGAACAGAGCUUCCUGGAUCCUGAUAUUGGAGGUGUGGCAGUUGCUCCGUCUCAUGGGUCAAUUCUCAUAGAGUGUGCAAAACGUGAACUCCAUGCAACAACCCCACUGAAAAAUCCUAACAGGAACCACCCCACAAGGAUAUCGCUUGUCUUCUACCAGCACAAAAGUAUGAAUGAGCCGAAGCAUGGUCUAGCUUUAUGGGAGGCCAAGAUGGCUGAGAAGGCUAGAGAGAAAGAGGAGGACUGUGAAAGGUAUGGUCCAGAUUACGUGCCUCAGAAAGUUCAUGGUAAAAAGGUAAAGCGGGAGCCUGUUGAAUUGAAUGAGAACUUGGAACCCACCUACAUGCGCUUCAUCAGGUCUCUUGCACAAAGGACGAUGUCGCUCACCACAAACUCCACAGUUACCACAUCUCCAUAUGCCUUUACACGGGUUACAGGGCCUUACAACCGAUAUAUAUAGAAGUCAAAUCUCUGUUCAUUACCUCAUCUGUUUAUUUUUGUUUUUAAAUGUCAGUAUGGUGAUCAUUCUUUCUAGGCUGUGGGCAGGGAAAGGGCAAGAGACAGUAUUUUUGUUUUUAACUUGUUGAUGCGAAAACUUCCUCAUACCAGCAUAAGAGGUGAUGCUACCAUUGCAUUCAUUUGGUAAGUUGUGGCAAAUAACAUGUUAAGAGUUCAAACCAAAGCACCCUAUGCAAAAUUAAUAAAUUAAGUGAUAGUCAGGAGUUAACUGAAACACUGGCUGAACUACUGGAAGAGAAAAUCCAUAUUCGUAAAAUGCAUCACUGAUCAUUUUUAAUGAAAGGAAGUACAGUAACAAAGGUUUGUUUGUUUUAUAAAAUAAAAAAUACUGUAGUAUUUCAGUAGCAGAAAUUUAAAAAUUCCACCAGGUGCUGAAUAUACUGUGCUGAAAUACAAGAAAUGCUGCUUUUUAUCAUGCAGGGGUUCUUUUCUGUCUGUAAGCUUAAUAUUGACUUGAUUUUUAUUAAUCAGGAUAGCUACAUAUUUAACAAGGUAUACAAAUAAAAACACUGAAUUUGUUUGGCUAUUCUAAAACAUGGUGCUAUAUAUAAGAAUGGUGUCUAACAGUUUUAAUGUCUUUUAUUAACAAUGAUUAAGUUAAAAGUAUACUCUGCUCUCCUUGAACAGGAACUUUUUAAUUUUGCAUUUGUAUCCAGUUUAGCCCAAUUCUUUUUUUAAAAAACCCAGUUUUUAAAUUUGGGAAGUGAAAUGAGUCAUGAUCUAACAAAACUAUACACGGGCAAUGAAAUGAUUGUAUGUAAAGCCAAUGGUCUACCUAAAUCUUUACAUAACAAUCUUUACAUUCAAAUUCUUUUUCAGCACAUGUGCAAACAAAAGUAUGUUUCAGACCAGAGUUUUAAAACAUUUCUUAUGCCUACAACUUCCAGAAUCCCCAGCUGAAAGAUUUUGGGAGUUGUUGUCUAAGCUAACUUUCCUAGGUGCUUAUUUGGACAUAAAUGUGCCAUAAUAUAUCAGUACUAGAUGAUGAUGGUGGUGAUGAUGAUCAUGAUGAUGAUGAUGAUGAUGAUGUAGUAAUAGUAUUAUGGUAUUAUGUAUUCUCCCUUCUUCUCUUCUCCAUGCAUCCAUGAGAAGGUAUCAAGUAUUUUCCCCUGUUUUUACCAGAACUUAUCCAAAUGGGAGAAAUACUAUCUUGUGAUUGGCAAACAAGUUGCAGUUAAACCACAAAGUAUAAUCCUGGUUUGUUAACAAACCAUAAUUUAAAAUAACAUUUAUUUUCUAAGUUUGGUUGUAAAUAUAAAUCCUGCUUAGUCUGAAAUGCAAUGUGAAUCAUUCCAUCUCUUUUUUGUGGUAACAUGAAUUAGGAAAGGAGUGAAGACUCACUGAAUAGCAGAAUCAUGGAAUCAUAGACCUCAUCUAUACUGAUCAUUCAAUACAGUUUCAGACCAGUAUUAAAGAAAAUUGUAUAGUUAAUCCUGGAACCAGUUUGAGGCCCAGAUAGAUGGUGAUUAUAGAAUCAUAGAAUCAUAGAGUUGGAAGAGACCUCAUGGGCCAUCCAGACCAACUCCCUGCCAAGAAGCAGGAAAAUCACAUUCAAAACACCCCCGACAGAUGGCCAUCCAGCCUCUGUUUAAAAGUCUCCAAAAAGGACCCUCCACCACACUCCAAGGCAAAGAGUUCCACUGCUGAACAGCUCUCACAGUUAGGAAGUUCUUCCUAAUGUUCAGGUGGAAUUCCCUUUCCUGUUCCCUCCUCCCUAUGACUUCCCCUCACAUAUUUAUACAUGGCCAUCAUGUCUCCUCUCAGCCUUCUCUUCUGAAAGCUAAACAUGCCCAGCUCUUAAAGCCACUCCUCGUAGGGCUUGUUCUCUAAACCCUUGAUUAUUUUAGUUGCCCUUCUCUGGACGCAUUCCAGCUUGUCAGUAUCUCCCUUAAGUUGUGGUGCCCAGACUGGACACAGUAUUCCGGGUGUGGUCUGACCAAGGCAGAAUAGAGCGGGAGCAUAAGCCACAGAAAACUGAUAAACCACAGAGCACUGAUGCACAUUAAGGCCUUUCUUUCACAUACCUUUAUGGGUGUUCAUAGCAAUUAUCUUCAAACUGCAUUAAAUAGUCAGUGCAGAUUGGGCCAUAGAAUCUUAACUAACACACUUCUGAAGCCUCUUAAAAACUAGGAUUUUGGUUGUUCCAGUUUCAGCAAAGCUGUUUCCAAACAGACCAGCAUGUGACUUUCUCUGCAAAUCUAGCACUGAGAUCAGGAUUAAUCUGAAUCAUAGAAUAAUAGAGUUGGAAGAGACCACACGGGCCAUCCAGUCCAACCUCCUUCCAAGAAGCAGGAAAAUCCCAUUCAGAGCACCCCCUUUGAAAAGUCUAAGCAGAGCCAAAGACCACGUAAAUAACUUUAAUUCUCUUUGCUGAAAUAUUGUUGCGUGUCUUCAAGUCACUUCUGACUUGUGGUGCCCCUAAUGCAUGCUUACACAGGGGAUUCCUUGGCAAGAUUUGUUCAGAGAGCACUUGCUUUUACCUUCCUCCGAGACUGAGAAAGUGUGACUUGCCCAAGGACACCCAGUGGGUUUCCAUGGAUGAACAGGGGUUCAAACCCAAGUCUUCAAGGUCCUCAUCCAAUACUCUGAACUGCUACGCUUUUCUUUGUUGGCACUUGUCUCUUCUAUUUACCAAUGUCCAUGCAUAGCUUUGUUAGAUCUUCUCAGAGUUUAUUCAUGCAAUCCAAUAAAAAUAAUACAUGCUAGGGAAAUAUACUUUUCAUUGGUGCUUCAAAAACUCUUUGUCUACCCAAACUUUGGCAGCUCAAAUAGGAGUGGGAUUCUGAAAUGUCUUAUUUUACUCAUACAGCAAGAUCUUUUUAGCAGCCCACCCCCUUUUCGUCUUAAGUGGGUAGUAUUUAGAGCUCAGAGGGAGAAUGCUUAACCUUUUUCCUACCUGUUAUUUUCUCCCCAUCCUGAGGAUGCAAAACCUGUUACUCAUAUAUCUAAUAGGCAACAAAGAAAAAUAAAUCUCUUUGUUAUGCUGCUCAAAAUCAAAUGGGGCUCACUGGAUACAAAGGAAAACUUUUAGUCUACAAACCCCAUAUUCUGGUGCUUAUAUUACACAACUAUAUUGUGAGCAUAUGUGGGGCUUGUUUGUAUUUUUUUAUUUUUUUUGUACAAUUAUGAUGACAAGCGUAUUCCUCAAAAGGUGUACUUUGAAAAUAAAAUUAGCCACAGGUAAUAGGCAGCCUAGAUUAGACUUGACAAUUGAAUAAUUCAGUUUUUCCGCUACUUUUUAAGGAUCUGUAAAGUUCCCCAAAUAUCUGGGCAGACUACUUUCAUGCUUGAUAGAUUAUUUAUGUUACAGUAUACUUCACUGCUCAGUGAACGUGUAUCCCUGUUGCUAGGAAAAAUUGAGAAAAAUCAAGGCAAGAAAUGCAGGGUUAUUCUGUAUGGUUCUGUUGGUAAAAAAAAAAAAAGGAUCUGAAACAGGCAGCUGGCUUGCUGUAGUGGGUUUUAAAUUGGUGAUUUGUAUAAAAGCGUAAGCAAAAGAGAUGUAUAGUAACUUAACUUGUAAACAAAAAUUUUAAUGCAAUGCUUUAGUAUUUUAAUACUGUACAAAUAUAUAAUUAUAUAUUACCUAUCUAUCUAUCUAUCUAUCUAUCUAUCUAUCUAUAUAUGGGACAUGGGUUUGGAGCUGAAUUCACAUCAUGGUGCUACUCAGCCUGCUAUUAAAAAUAUAAUGUGAGCUUAAAAAAAUACAUUUAAAUGUUUGAAAAUGUUCCUACUUGUCAUAUACCUCAACACUAGUUGGCAAUAGGAUAUGAAAAUGAGAGUUAUCACAUUCUUGUAUACCAUCUUCUCCUAACUCUCUGCCCCCACAAUCUUUGGAAAAAUGGGUUGUUUUUUCUCGCUACUUGAUAUAAUAGCAAGUAUAACUUGAACUUUGACUUUUGAUGUUCUUUUCCUACAAAAUUCAGGGAUAUAUCAGCUCAUAUUCUCCAUAGUAAGCCAACAUAUCAUCCAUGUAUAUGUGAGGAAGAGAAAGGAAGUGUGUGCGCGCGUGUGUGUGUGUAUAUAUGUAAAAUUGUAUUGUGUAAAUUGAUAAAUAUAUUCACCUCAAGGGUUUUUUUAAAUUUCUAUUUUAUUGAUUUCAAGGAUCUAAUCUUUUUUUAUCCUUCUAAUUUUUGUGUAAAUGUAUUGAUGGUAACUAAAAAAGUUUUUGUUGCUAAAUUCAUUUGCUCCUUUUUUAUGUGAAUGAAAACAUUUUAACAUUUAAACUCUGUUGGGGGCCUGGUUUUUGUUUUGUUUUGCUUUGCUUUGCUUUAUUUGUAUGUUUCACACAAAUUGAAAAGUAGAAUGCACUGAGCUGACAAAAGGGAAAUGGUAAAGGCAGAGAUUUGGCAACUAACUCAUUUGCUAGAGGGCUGUGUGCAGUUCUUUCCUUUGGGAGUUCUCUUUAAACAUGUCUUUAUAGGAGACUGAAAGUCAAUGAAAUAAAACAGCAAGCAAAUUUAUUAUGGUGUUAGUCAAAAUCAUAGAUUUGGUUGAUCUCAGUGGAAAAUAUGAUGAUGGACUAGGUAGACGUUUGAUCUGAUCCAGUAAGGCUCCUCUUCAGAAGGCUCCCUUAUUUAAAAAAAUUACAAAAAUACAAACCUUAUACCUGUGCAAUAUAUAAAUCAGAGUCCCAACCCUGAAAUUAGUUGUAUUACUUUUUUGUUUUAUACAUUAAAUUGCCAUCACAAUAUUAAUUAAAAACCCCAACCUUUACAGGUCCAAUGCCUUAAUUUGGUCUGGUUUCAAAAAUAUUCCAACCCAAUAACAAUUAUGUUUAAUCAAAUGUCUUUUGAUGUCGUUGAUCAGUCAGUUUCAUAAAAGAUUGCUCUUGGAGCUGUCUCCCACCUCGCUCAAACUAAAUGCAAGCUCUUUAAAUGUGUUGUUUGGAAACAGAAGCUUUGGUUUUUCCAAAUUAAAUUGCAGUUACCAUCAGUGUCACAAGGAAGAGUCCUUCUGAUGCUCUUAUUUUAAGAAAUGCUUCAUGGGCAUAAAAUACUUCCUGGCCUUGGAGCAGAAUUGGGCAGCCUUUAAUUGCACAGAGCUCCACAGGCAUGAUGGCACUACUGGAUUCAGGGCACUUCAUUUGUUGGAUUCAUUAAACCAAAUCAAAUAUUUCCUUUAGUAAUUCAGUCUUCACAUCUGCUGUUUCUUGCCUGGCUUAAAAGAGGGCUGAUUGUUUUGACAAAUGCAAGUUACAUUCCUAAAAAGCUCUGAAAUACAUAGGAAAUUUGUCCGAUCACACAUUGUGCAAGGGAGGUUCUACAAAUAGUGUAAGCUUGGAAAAGUAACUAUUGGGUUUAUGAAUAGAAUUGUCCAUACUACAACACCCAGGAGGAUGCUGGGGAAGACAGUCUAAAAGUUACUUUUGUAAGUUGUACAUGAUUGAUAGGUUCUAGAGCAGCUUCAAGGGCUUCCACUUGGGCAGAAUGUUGCAAGAGUGGAGGACUAUGUUUGCAUUUAGGUCCAUUUUUCUCACACAGCCCUCUAGCCCAUGGUUUGCCCUUCUCUGAGUAGGAGUCCACUCCUGCGGGCAGAAUGGCAUCUUUGUAUUCAACCUGCUGUCAACUGUCAAAUAGUUUGCAAACAGGCAAAAGCUUAGUUGGAAUGGGGAGGGAGGAAGAUGUCUUGUAAAUAAGAUUUUGAUGUACAUAGCCCUGCCUCACAAUGAAUUGAGUGAGGGAAACCAGACAUGAGAAAUUUCUUGUAUAGGAUUAUCAGGUUGACUAUAGCCAUACUUGAAGAUGCUUCUGAGUGGUGUCAACUUUACUUGAAUGAUAUUUUUCUUUCAUCUUGAUUGGCGCACAGCGGCGUUCAAGUUCACUUUUAAACUAGUGGUUAACUUUUGUGUAGGAGACUUUUAACAGUUUGACACUAAGAUAAUGAACUUUUUGAAAAAUGUGUGCAUUUUCUAAGCUUAUGUUCUACUGUUUGGGUUGUGUGUUUUUUUUUAAAAAAAAACUUUACUUGCCCUCAUUUUUCAAAGGUUUCCUUGAUUUUUGUCCAUAAAAAUCUGAGAAUGGUUAUAAAUACUGUAAGUAUUGUAAUGUAAUGAAUGCAGGUUAUUUGAAAAGCUGUUUUAUUAUAUCAUUCCUGAUAACGCUGAAAUGUGGGUGUUUUUAAUAAAAUUUAUAUUUAUUUAAUGCA